GAAGCAUUUCAGGGGUACAUAUAUGUGAAGCACGAUUGAAUAAUGGCCAUAAAAAACAGAACGUUCAUAUCGAAAUUGAAACGUGGAGAACUUAUCUGUAGUCGUCUUUCUAAAUAACACUUUCUAAAUAGCGCCGUAUCCGUUUCACUACUAUGCUGCGCAUAUUCGCCUCACAAAAUAUCAGACCCUUAUCUCUCGGACUUGCACACAAAAUUGCUCCUAUAGUUUUGACACGCAUGCUUCACUCCUCGUUCAAGAUGAAGCGCAGCUUCCCCGAUGUGAACCAUAAAUACGAGAGCGAAUACACCGAGCUAACCCGAGACUUUCUAAAUGUCGACAAUUUCUAUAAGUCACUAGUCAAGAAUGGGACGGAUUUCUUUGUUGGUGUGCCAGAUUCGUUAUUGAAGGAUUUCUGUGCAUACGUUACCGAGCACACACCAGAAGAAAAGCACAUCAUUUCGGCGAACGAAGGUAA